AUGUUAACCCUUGCAUCUACAAUCCAUUCCUUGAGACCUCCACCAUGUGCGAUCGGUUCAUAUGGCUGUGAAACCCCAUCAAAGCUUCAAUAUGGAGUACUGUACCUGGCAUUAGCAUUAGUUUCAUUAGGAGUUGGAGGCACACGCUUCACGAUUGCAACAAUGGGAGCAGAUCAAUUUGAUAAGCCAAAUAAUCAAGGAACAUUCUUCAGUUGGUAUUUUUUCACCUUGUACCUUGGCAUCGCCAUAAGCUCCACUGUUAUCGUCUAUAUUCAGGACAGUGUGAGCUGGGGAUUAGGAUUUGGCAUUUGUGUUAUUGCUAAUGCCAUUGGCUUAGCUGUGUUUUUGUUCGGAAAACAGUUUUAUCGGCAUGUUAAGCCGAAGGGAAGUCCUUUCGUGAGUACUGCACGUGUAGUUGUUGCUGCAAUUCGAAAAAGAAGGAUAUUGGAAACUUUUCAAAGCCAGCAGGAUUAUUAUCAUGGUCGUGGAGACACUAUUGGGGCAGUUGGCUGUCCAACUGAAAGUUUCAGAUUUUUGAAUUGUGCAGCACUAAAAAUGGAAGGCGACAAGCUACCGGAUGGCUCGUAUACAAAGUCUUGGUGGCUAUGUACAGUGGAGGAAGUUGAGGAUCUCAAAACCCUGAUCAAAAUCCUGCCACUAUGGUCUAGCGGCAUCUUUUUGAGUACUCCUAUAGCUAUGAUUAACAGCCUAAUAGUCCUCCAAGCCCUAACCAUGGACAGACACCUUGGACCAAACUUCAAAAUCCCAGCUGGGUCAUUCCUGGUUUUUACCCUAUUUGCCUCAGCCAUCUCAAUCUUCAUCAUCGAUCGCUUCUUACUUCCCAUGUGGCAAAAUCUGACCCAUGGAUCUUUGACACCCCUUCAACGCAUAGGAAUUGGACACGUUAUUAACAUUUUUGCUAUGGUAGCAUCAGCCCUGAUAGAAUCAAAGAGGCUCCAUGUGGUUAGAACCCAUCACCUCACUGGUAAGCCAAACCAUCUAGUCCUGCCCAUGUCAGGUAUGUGGCUUGUUGUGCCACUAUCCAUUGUAGGGAUUGGGGAAGGGUUUCACUUUCCCGGACAAGUUGCUUUGUUUUACCAAGAAUUUCCAAAGUCACUAAGAAGCACUUCAACGGCUAUGAUAUCAUUGCUAAUUGCAAUUGGAUAUUAUCUAAGCACUGGAAUCACAGAUUUGGUACGUCGGUCCACGGGAUGGUUGCCUGACAACAUCAAUGAUGGGAGAUUAGAUUGUGUAUUUUGGAUGUUGGCAGUGAUAGGAGGGUUGAACUUUGGGUAUUAUAUAACAUGUGCCAAGUUAUUCAAUUACCAAAAUGUUGAGAAGCAUGUCGAUCAGGCUACUGAUCUUGUUGGUACCUGA